UCUCACGCCUCUCUCCGUCGUCCCUUACCGUCUCCUUCGCGAGCUGCUCUCCGGUGUCCAUCCGAGAUCAGCCAUCCCAACCUCGAAGAUUGCCUCCCGCCGUUCUGCUCUCGCGCUCGCGUCGCGCUCGUAGCAGGGCAGUUGUGUAAGCUCGGAAGCUUCGAUUCCAUCGCCGUCCCUCUAGCCGAUACCCAUUUCCGUCGUUCCGUUCUCCGGCUGAAACCCAAUGGAACCCACGUCCUCUUCCGCCGCCCUCCUCCUCUUCGCGGCCGUCGGCUUCCUGGGCGUCGCCGCGUCCACGGCGAAAAUCCACUACGGCGACUUCGACUCCUAUUACGACGAGCACUGCGGCGGCGUGGUCCCCCGGCAGCACAAAAUCGCUUCCGAAUCGGCCAGCUCGUACGCCGUGCUCCUCCAAUUCUACGGCGGGUUCUUCUCGGCCGAUGGUGGCCGGCGGAGGGGGGCGGAGUCCGGCCAUGAUCUGAAGAGGGCGGUGUCGUUCACUCCCAUGGCGAUGCACGGGACCGAGUCCAAGGACGUGAUCAGUCUGCAUGGGGCGCUGGAGUUCGCGGACCCCAAUGUGAGUGCGAUCUUUGGGAAGUCGAAGAACCGGAGAUUGCGCGAAUUUCACGUCCGCGGGCCGAGAAUCCCCGUCAGGCGGGGUACGGUGAAGUUCAGGCUUAAUGGGUACUGGUCUCAAUCUUCAGGUAAGCUUUGCAUGGUCGGAUCUGGCGUGUUUUUCAACCGUAGUUUCCAUGCCGUUUUCAAGCUGAAUUAUCCGAUGAAAUCGAGUAUUAACAGUAGUUUUGUUAGUGGGGUUUUGGAGAGCUUGGACGGUGGUGAUGGUGCUGGUGGUGCAGAUCAUUUUGGACUAUCUUUGAGUAGUGGAAGUGUCGAUUAUGAGUAUAGUUUGAUAGAGAAGAAGGGAGGGAGUGGGUCUUUUGAUAAAUUUGAUGAUGGUGGAGGAGAUAAUUUGUCUAGUGAGAAACUGGGGCAAGGUUUGUGCUUGGCCUUGAAGUGGAAUUUGGCCUUUGACUUGGAAUACAGGAGUGUUUGUCACGGUGGUAAGUGCAACCCUCUUGGCACAGAUGUCGGGUUUUUACCCAAGGCCAUGAGCUUCACUACGAUUCGAUGUUUGGAGGAGGGUAAGACGCAAUUGUUAUUGAAGUUUCAAAAUGUCACCAAUGUUUAUUAUGGCUACUAUAAUUUCGAUCCUAGCACUACCCUAAUCGGUGAAGGAGAAUGGGAUUCGAAGGCCAAUAGGUGGUGUGCUGUUGCUUGCCGAAUCUUGAACCUUUCAAUGUCUUUGACUGAUGCUUUCGCGGGAAAUUGCUUGAUAAAGUUGUGCUGGAGAUUCCCUGUCACUUUUUCUGUUAUAAACCGGUAUCCAGUUGUAGGAUGGAUGUGGAGCAAUGAAACUGUAAAGGAUUCCGGUUAUUUUGAUAAGAUCAAAUUUUGGAGUCACAAUGAUGCAUUACCAGGUGUCAAGUACGAGAAUGGAGUGAAGGGGGCUAGGAAACCUUGUGAGUCAAAGACUGGGAAGCAUAAGGGAAAGACAUAUCCAAAAUCGUACUCAUCGAUUAUGAGAUUUGACAUGUCAAUCAAGUUUACGAAGGGGCAGAUAGCUUUUGGUUAUUCAUCUCCACUAUUUGUGGGUGAUAAACGUUUCAAUUUACCCUUUCAUCCUUAUAUUGACAGUUACAUGCUUAAAGUAAAUCGAACAGAGAAUGCAGUUCAGCUGGACAGCACCCACGGUCCCUUGCAGAACAUCAGUUACACGAUACGCUUCACCCCUCCAGAUACUUUUGAGCUAGCUGUGCCUGUCAAAAGGGACAAUCUUAGUCAAUUUCGUCAGCCAGAACUUCCUCAUGCUGAGCCUGCUUGGGCUUGGGUUCCAUCUUCAGUAACGCCUUCAUCUCAGGGUCCCAAGCAAGCUCAGGCGUUUGACCCUUCUUUGUCUGUGCCUGUCAGAAGGGACGAUCUUAGUAAAUUUCGUCAGUCGGAACUUCCUCUUGCUGAGCCUGCUCUGGCUCUGACUCCGCCUUCAUCUCAGGCUCCCAUCCAAGCUCCGGCGUUUGACCCUUCUUUGUGUGCUCCGGAGAUUGUAAUGUACAAAAAUUGGUUGCAGGAUUAUGCGCUGAAGAUGAUGGUGCAUUUACCUAUUUAUGAUACAAGGAAUGAAGGAUCUCAACAUGCACCGAGAUAUAGGUCAACAGUAUUCAUAGAUGGGAAAAGCUUCACAUCUCCCAACACAUUUUCCCGAAAAAGGGAAGCUGAGCAAAAUGUUGCUAAAAUUGCAUUGGACUUAUGUUCACUAAAGAUGGAGGAUGAAGGCUCUCCUCUCAUCCCUGAGGUUUGA